UUUGAACUUUUCUUCAAACUGCCAGCCAGAAGCCCAGUCAGUCAUCAAAUGAUGUGAGUGAAAACGGUUCAAUUUUUUGUGUAAACAAAAAACUCACAAGAAACACAAAAUUUCGACUUGCAAAAUGGAAGAGGCCAAAAUUCUGGAAAACCAAAUGUCAUCACCAGCAGACAAGAUGAAUCCAGCAAGUGCACAGAAAGAACACGACGGGUUACAUUUAAUGCAUUUGUCAGAUUCUAAGGAUUCACUUGACCCAAUGAACAACGAUUUGGAAAAGGAUCAGGGAAAAGUGGAUGUGGCAGAGAAUCAAGGACAACAAGAAGGCGAGACAAAUGAAUAUAACAAAAUUUCCGAAGCCCAGCUAGAAAACAGGGAAAUAAAUGAAGACUCUGGUAAAUCCAAGGAAAAAAGUCAAGAAAAGUUAAUUGACACGGAGUCGAAUAAAACGCUUACAGUAGAAAAGAACCAGGAAAAUAUCAAGGAUAAUGAGCAAGGCGAAGAAAACCUGGAGAGCCUGAGCGGAAAAAAGGAAAAUGAAAACCUUAUCGAGGUCAAGGAUCUAGUCAUCCCUAAGGAACAGGACACUACUGCUGAAUCGGAGCAUGAGCUGGAAAAUACUCAGGAGAAACUAGAAAAGCCCAAGAAAACCAUUAAAACCAUAGCUGCAGAGGAGUCUACUAAGAAUGAAAAGAAAAACGAUCCACUGGAAAAAAUUAGACAGGAUAUGGAACAAUAUUUCAGGGGCAUUGUGGCCCUGGAGGAAAAAAAGAAAUUGCAGGACGAGAUGAACACAAAGGAAGCCGAAGCCAUUGUCAACGAAGAGCAGAAAAGGAAGAACUUGAUGGAAAUGCUCAAGGAUUUCAGCCACACAACCUUAUCAAGUUCGAGCACUUCAUCGGGAAAGACUCCGCGAUCCGUGGUCGCGGCCAUUCUGCAGAGGACCGCCAAGGCGGAGUACAAGAGGAAAAUGAGCAUCCUCACAGACAACUUAUCCUUUCGCCUGGGGCUGAUCAAGCAGCUCAAACACGACAUGAAAAACAACUUUAAGAACGAGGCCCAGCAACUCUACAGCGAAUACCACUCCAUCAAGAACCAGACACAGUACAGACCCACUUUAAGCGAAAUGCACACGGUUCACACCAUUCAAAAAAGUAGUCAACUGUAAGGAAUGAACUACUAUUACCCAGCAACAAAGCUUUGAAGGCAACACUCCAUCUUGAAAAAUUACACACUAUUGUGACACCGAAGAAAAGCUAAAUUUGAGGGACAUUGGAUCCAGUAGCAUUUCUAGAAGUGAAAGAGCCUGCCAAAAGAAGGACAUUAUGACACUGUACCUCUCGAAUUCAUUGUGUGCACUUGCUUCUUUGCAUCUUGAAGAAGUGCAGCUGUAUCUCAUUAACUGAGUUCUGAGAGUACAGUCACCACUUCGUGAGCCCGGCGGUAUGCAACAGUUUUUUUGUUGCCCGGCAAACCUCAAAUUUGCGCCACUUCUGUUUUGCAUGUCGAAAUAAAACAACUCACAGCAAAGACAAUGAAAAUUGACCCAAA